AUGAAGCGUUCGAGGGAAACGAUUAGAGCAUGCUGGUAUGCCAGUGCCUAUUACAAUGUUGGUUAUUUGUGUUUUCUUUCCAAGGACCGGCCACCUUCCGUUCCUCACGAAUCCACUAUGACUGACGGAACACCCUCGAAGAGGGCCGUAGAGCUCGUGGAAAUCGCAUGUAAAGCCGACAUGCAACGCAACCCACAACUGGGGGACCAGGCACCACUGACACCUCUUGCCUCUAAUGGGGCAUUAACUGUAGGCUCGUUAUCGAAAACAAACCAGACGGAAAAGCAGUGA